UUGAUGACGCAGUUAUGUAACACACAUAAUCGCGGGAAACCAAAAAGUACCGACCGUGUUGUUCACGGACAGACAUACUGUUCGUUGUUUGUAUAGCUGAUAGAAACAGUCAUGGAGUACGGAAAGGAAAGAGUGGUGGCAUUAGUGGACAUGGACUGUUUCUACGUGCAAGUGGAGCAGAGGCUGAAUCCUGCCCUGAAGAAAACGCCCUGUGUGGUAGCCCAGUACAAGACCUGGAAAGGAGGCGGGAUCAUUGCAGUGAGCUACGAGGCCAGGCACCACGGCGUGACCAAGAACAUGUGGGUGGACGAUGCCAAGAAGCUGUGCCCGGAUCUCCAGGUGGCACGCGUGCGGGAGUCUCACGGCAAGGCGGACCUGAGUCCUUACAGGGAGGCCAGCGUGGAAGUGAUCCAAGUCAUGUCUCGCUUUGCGGUGGUCGAGCGGGCCAGCAUCGACGAGGCGUACAUGGACUUGACUGCGGCCGUCCAGCAGCGGAUGAAGGACAUGGCGGACAAACAAAUACAGCCUCACCUGCUCCGGAGCACCUGCAUCCAAGGUUACCCUCACAGUUCAUCUGACGGAGAGGAAGAAGCUGCCGAGGAUGCCAUUUUGGAGAAAGAGAAGCAGAGGUCGGCGGGUGUCCAGCAAUGGCUGGCGUCCAUGCCGACGCACAACUCCGCCGAACUUCAGCUCACGGUGGGCGCCCUCAUUGUAGAGGAAAUGAGGGCAGCCGUCGAGCAGCACACGAGCUUCCAAUGCUCAGCCGGUAUCUCGCACAACAAAGUGCUGGCAAAACUGGCAUGCGGUCUGAACAAACCAAACCGGCAAACUGUUCUGCCGCUGGACUCGGUGACGGAACUUUUCAGCACGCUGCCCAUUAGCAAGAUACGCAACCUGGGAGGUAAACUGGGGGUCUCCAUCACAGAGAUUCUGCAAGUGGAGCACAUGGGGGACCUGACUCGCUUCUCUCAGGCCCAACUGGGGAAGCACUUUGGAGAGAAGACUGGCCAGUGGCUCCACGAUUUGUGUCGGGGCAUCGAUUUUGAAGCGGUGAAACCCAGACAGCUGCCAAAAUCUAUUGGCUGCAGUAAGAACUUCCCUGGGAAAACAUCUCUAGCUACAAAAGAGCAGGUACAGCACUGGCUUCAUCAGCUGGCUUUGGAGCUGGAGGAGAGGCUGACCAAAGACAGAGAAGUGAACGGCCGCGUGGCAAAACAGUUAACGGUCGGCGUCCGUCAGCUGGGCGACAAGCGUCCGAGCGGUUUCUCCCGCUGUUGCGCCUUAGUGCGCUACGACGCCACCAAAUUGUCCAGCGACAGCUUUGCCAUCCUCAAAAGCCUCAACACGGCAGGAAACCAGCAGGCGGCGUGGUCUCCGCCUCUCACGCUACUGCACCUCUCCGCCAGCAAAUUCUCAGAUGCCCCGUCAGCAUCGGCGGGGGGCAUCGCAGGCUUCCUGAGUGCGGACGUGCCUUCCGCUCAACUCUUUGUCUCCUCCAGCCCUGCCCCGCGCAAAACGCCCACCACCAUUCGGUCUUUCUUUGACAAGCAGCAAACCAAGGCCCCCCCGUCUUGUUCCGCUUUUUCUCGGACUCCUUGUAAAGAUGCUCCAGUAGACCCUCGCGCCGGCAUUUUCUCCUUCCUCCAUAAGAGAAACACAGAAACCGUUUUAAAGCCAACACAUGAAGAUGAAAAACAAGAGAAUGGGGUGGACAACGCGGAAGACGUGCUCAAGUGUCAACGCUGCGGCCAGAACGUGGCGGCCUGGGAGAUGCCCGAACAUAAUGACUAUCACUUUGCCUUGGAACUGCAGAAAUCGUUCUCCUCCUCUGCUUCUUCCUCCUUCGUCAGGAGAGGGCCUCCUGUAGGGCCAGCGCUGUCCUCCUCUCUAGGCAAAACCAAAAGUAGAGCGUCAGGAGGCCCUCACCCCAAAAGACCUCGCUCACAAGAUGGAGGAGGGGCGGGCACUUUGGAUUCUUUUUUCCAAAGAUACUGAUGGGGAAUAAGUCACAAUCAAAAAUACUGUGGUAUCCUCAUAGGUGCACAAAAUUUCAAGCUGCCUGUUGGUUUAUUUCUGUACUUUUGCUUGUGUCAAGAAACAAUUACUAAAAAAACUCCAUGAGUGUUUUUUCUUUCUGAGUGUUGGAGCCGAUUAAUGCAAUUUGAACUCAUUUCAAUGGGGUAGUGAUACAAGUCAUGUUAGUCACAAGUAUGGUAACAAAAUUAAAUGAACUCUUAUUAAAGUUAAGAAGUUUCGAUUGAGCUCUGAAAGUGUUAAUGAGUCUAAGUGGUGGUUUGUCUUGGUGGCCUCUGAUUAGCUGGGGAAUGUCCAGAAACUGGGCUGUUUACAAAAAUAAAAUCAGCAAUAUGGCACCCAAAAUGA